ACGUGAUAAUUGUAGCUCAGCUCUCUUCGUCAUACUCAUACUUAUAUUCAUGGUUCGUGGUUUCGAAACUCCUCUUGAUGAGGAUUUUGGUGAAAUCCCUGAGUCGGCAAAAACUGGGGCUUUCUAUUUUAUAAUCUCAUUAUUUGUAUUGUCAACAGUAAUCACGACACUUCUCACAACGGUUUUUACAGUUCUAAUUAUGCUUCUCUGGGGAUAUUUCAAACCUAUGAAGUUUUUCUGGUUUCUGGCGCAACUCACCAUAUCAGUCUUCAUCAUUUCUUGCGCCAAUCUGUUAAUCAACGUUCCAGCCACCUUAUCCUUAAUUUCCAAAGAUUCUGUUCAAUCCGAAAUAUUUUCGUUUAUCUCACAUCUUAUCGAUUUCUGCCACUACUCGAUUCUAUUCUCAAAUUUGGUGAUUGCAAUUCACCGUGCAUUUGUCUUCUUUUUAAGACAUCUCACAGACACGGCUUUCAGCUUCUCAAUAAUCUACAUUUGGCUGAUGUCAGUGUGGGUGUUGGCUCUGAUUGUGGAAAUUAUUUUGAUAACUUCAAAUUGCAAAUAUCGGUAUGAAAACAAGUCAAAAAUAUAUCAACUGAGAUGUGAAGCAAGAGGUGAAACCAAACUUGUUGUCAAUAAAUCUCUGCCCGGUGGAAUUCAGUUGAUAGAAAAUAUAGUGCAAAUUGGUAUUCCUAUUUUAAUAUUUGUGAUCUAUAUUGCAAUUAUUUCAAAAAUUGCAUAUAUGAAGCAGAGCUCAUUGAGCAGCACUGAGAUAUCCAUUUUGAAGCAAUCGAUUUUUGUUUUUGUCGCUUUUCAGGCUUCAUCUGUUGUGUUUUUAUUUGCUCAAAACUUUGAAAUAACAAAUGUCACCGCGUUCCUUGUCAAGCGAUUCGUCAAUACAAUGGAAAUACUAGCCGGAGCCGCAACUCCCACUUUCUUUUUUCUCACUUCUCGGGAAAUACGAAAAUUCGUGUUCACGCGAGUUUCGCCUGCCGGUUCACAAGGGACAUCUAAUUUUCAAGUCAGAAGUGCAAGAGCUUUAGAUUGAAGCUUUUGACUUUUUUACAUGUUAAACUGUUUGUUCUCACGCAACCGGAAAACAACUUUCAGACCAAGUUUUGAAGCAAAUUUGCCUGAAUAA